AUCAUUCUAAACAAUUUCUUUACUAUUUCAAAAAGAAAAAUCUCAACCCUCAACAUGGGAAAAUCUCUCUUCCUCUUUUCUCUCCAUUUUAUCCUCCUUAUAUCUCUGUCCUCUCAGGACCCGAACCCGAACCCGAACCCGAAGCCACCGACAGAAGCCCACACGGAGCUCACAAACUACGGAUUCCCAAUCGGGCUACUGCCGUCCUCGGUGAGCGGGUACUCCCUGAACCAGACCUCAGGAUCGUUCUCGGUGGACCUCGGCGGCGCGUGCAGGAUCACGCUCCCUCCAGACAACUACUUGGCCACCUACUCGAAGAAGAUUACCGGAAAGAUCGUGAAGGGUCGGAUCGUGGAGCUUGAAGGAAUCCGGGUCCGAGCCUUCUUCAAGUGGUGGUCAAUCACGGGAAUCAAGUCCAGUGGGGAUAAUUUAGUGUUCGAGGUGGGCAUGGUCUCUGCUAAGUACCCAUCUAAGAAUUUCGAUACAAGCCCCGACUGUGAAGGGAAGCGCUCUGCUUCUUAAUUUGAAAGGUAAAAUUCAACUAUUUUUUUUUCUUUUCUGUAAAUUAUGUCAUUUGAGGAUUUCUUGUUUGAGUUAUGGAUUUUGGGUUUCUUAUCUAUUGGAAAGCGAUGUAAAAAGGGCAAGAAAAUGUAAUUGAAGAUUGAUGCUUUUUUCUUCCCAAAUAAAAUGAGGAAGUCAGACGAUUGAAUAUCUGAAAUAUCAAAUAUUCUUUAUUAUUUGUUCUCUGGGUUUCAAUUAAGAAGACAAAUAAGGAGAUUUAGCUUCAGAUUUUAUAAUUAUUAAUGGGUUUUAAGAUAUUUACCAUUAAGUUUCCAAUUGAUUUUUAUUAUUAAUUUUCUAAUUCUGGUUCUAAUAUGUUACUGUUGUUAGUAGGAUAAUGUAUAAUAAGUUAUUAAACAAUGCACAGCUUCUUGGAUUUAUGUGUUGAUGCUGCAAUUCUUCUGUUCCCCUUUAGUUACAGAACUUUUUAAAAUUGCGUUUUUAGUUGGAUCUUCUUACUAUCUUAAUUGUCAAGUCUCUGUCCCUUUGUGUUGAUAAGAGUAGAGGUGUAUAGUUUGAGGACUCUUCAAGUACUCUUAUUCUGUUCUUACUUUGUUUAUUUUGGAAAUUUUUAUUCUCGAAUAAAAUGGGUUGGAUUGAUAUUAGUCUGGAUACAGCAAAA